GGACCUGCCCUCCCGUCGCCAUUUUUCGGUCUCGUACUCGCACUUCUGGUGGCUCGGCUGAGGGGGGGGGACGAGCACAAACGAGGGAACGCAUAAAAUACCGAAUCGUUGCGGAGGGGACCCCUCGUGAGCAGCCGGGAACGCACGCCGGAGCCGCUGCGCAGCGUUCUGUCCCCAAAGAGAUGCACGCGCCGGACCCGAGCCGUUGCCGCGAGACAAUUUUUUGUGUGAAGACGUGUUGCGGGCCGCCAUUUUUUUCCGCUGCCGCUGCCUCCAAAGUCUGCUCUCGCGCAAGAAAGGGAUUCAAAAAGCGUUUAUCCCUCACGCGUGAGAUAUAAGAAGACCGCAAGUGAUCGUUCCCGACCCGCAGCUACUGGCUACGUUUGGCAGACGUGAGUGGGAUGCGAGAUGAAAAACUGAGGCCACCUUUUCCGUUCUCAUAACUGACACACAGUGAGUGGAGGAGAUACAUUUAUUAGAAGAGGAGCCUGGUGUUUUCUCGGAAGGCGGAACGAAAAGGGGAAGCUUCCUUGAUCAUUUGUUUCUUUGGCCUCCGUCGAAGUCUGUACACGUUUUUUUUGUUUAUUUCUUCUGUUCUAUUUUGGUCGCUUCAGCCAUUGCCUGCGGAUCACAGGAACCACAUUAUGCUCCAAAGUUGGCUCCAACCAGUCGCAGCCUGUUUCUGAAAACGUCCGGUUGUUGUUUUGUUGUUGUUAUUAGUUGGUUUCCCCCGGUGCCUGCGUCGUUUGUGUAAGAAAACAGUCCAAAUCCUCAACAGGGCGACAGACGCCCUGCCCUGCAUCUUCCAAACCUCGCUAUUUGCUGUGAUUGGCCAUCCCAGCACGCAUUCACGUUUUAAGUUAUUGUAUAGUCUGCUUUGUAGUUUUUUUUUUCUUGUUAUUGGACUGAUAUUAACUUAUUUUUGAUUAGAAAAUGUCUGCUCGGUUCGAUUCGUCCGAUCGAUCCGCCUGGUAUUUUGGACCAGUGUCACGACAUGAGACACAGAAUAGGUUACAAGGACAGAGACAUGGUAUGUUCCUGGUUCGGGACUCGUCGACUUGUCCAGGCGACUACGUGCUGUCAGUGUCUGAAAACUCCAAAGUGUCUCAUUAUAUAAUCAACUCCUUACCCAGCAAGAGGUUCAAGAUAGGCGACCAGGAGUUUGAACACCUCGCAGCUCUGCUGGAGUUCUACAAAAUCCAUUACCUGGACACCACGACUCUAAUAGAGCCAGCACCCAGGUACCCAUGCACAGGGAUUGGUUCCAUCCAGCCCAUGGGUGGCCCAGAGGAGAACGUGGAGUAUGUGCGGACUCUAUACGACUUCACAGGCAGUGAUGCAGAGGACCUCCCCUUCAAGAAGGGGGAGAUUCUCAUCAUCCUGGAGAAGCCAGAGGAGCAGUGGUGGAGUGCCAAGAGUAAAGAAGGGCGUGUGGGCAUGAUCCCUGUCCCCUAUGUGGAGAAAGUGGUACGACCUUCACCUCACUCUGGUCAGCCAUCCCACGGGUCUCGUAAUUCCAACAGCUAUGGGAUCCCAGAGCCGUCUCACGCCCUCGUCCAUGCAUAUGCUCAGCCCCAGACGCCUUCACCAUUGCCCCCUGGUACACCUGGAGCCGUUAUCGCUCCUCUGCCGUCCAUGCAGAACGGCCCGGUCAUGGCAAAGGCCAUUCAGAGACGAGUGCCGUGUGCCUAUGAUAAAACGGCUCUUGCUCUAGAGGUUGGCGACAUCGUGAAGGUUACGCGGAUGAACAUAAGCGGUCAGUGGGAGGGAGAGGUGAAUGGACGAAGGGGCCUUUUCCCAUUCACGCACGUCAAAAUCAUAGACCCGCAGAAUCCCGACGAGAGUGACUGACCCUCCACUGGAACCUCUUGUCCGGUGUCGAUGUGUAAACCCAACUCUGCCGUGUCACCAUGGUUACGUGCUUGCUUGCUGUGGGGUGGGGGGGGGGGGGCUGUGCCAUGAUCGCCUCAAAUCCCUCUCGUUGCCAACCGUUGCAAGGCUUUCGGACUGUUUACAGUUUUUUGGACUUUGGAUUCAAACUAAAAAAAAACCUGACCCCCCCCCCCCCACACACACACACACUUCUCACGGUCCCCUUUCCCAGUUCUUGGUUCCAAGCUGGGCAGUGUUUUUUGCAUUAGUGUCCUUUUCAUUUCCAGAUCACUGGGCAUCAGUGUGUGUGAGCGAGUGUGUGUGUGUGUGUGUGUGUGUGUUUAAGUACAAGUACAAGUGCAUGUGAGUUAGGUCUGUGUUCACAAUAGAUAUUUACCACAUCAGUCUGUUUUUUUUAAAUUUGAUUUUGAGUAUUUGUUAUGUUUAAAAGUCUUGGGGACUUUUAGAAAGUGUUGGUGUGCAUUCGUUUAGUUGACAGGAAGACAUUUUGUAUGAAGUAGGGAAAACUUGAGUUGUCCCUAUUGACAUGGGAGAGAGCACUGAGGCUAAGGCGCCAACAGCCAGUCGAGUCAUUUCUCCAAACAAUCAACAAGUCACUUUUUGUACCUUUUAACGUCCCACAGUCACACACCUUUUGUCCAUGAGGAUUUCAUUUUGACAGUUCCUUGGUGUGUGUGUGUGUGUGUGUGUGUGUGUGUGUGUGUGUGUGUGUGUGUGUGUGAUUUGGAGUUGGAAAACCAUGGUUGUAACAUUCUAAAUCCCUUAGUCACAUCUAACCUGGAGUCUGGCUCACAAGACUUAUUUAUCUUUUGUGUAAUAAGACACGAUGCAGCAGCCACAUGUGGUUCCAUCUCCUUAUUUGUGCCAUGUGAUCAACAAUAAUUUUGUGUGUUUUAUUUUGUUUUAAUUUUUCCGACGUCAAAAAGAUGCAUUGUGGGGUGGUGAUAUUUUUUUUUAUUUUUUUUUAUUUUUUUUUGCAUGUCCUCCCGUUACCCCCCUUUACUUUUCUUCAUCUAGUUUUAUUUGGAACUAAAAACACGGACAUUAGCAGGUUUUUAGUGCCAACAAGCACUGGGAGAUAAAUAUAAGUCGUUGUUGCAGUUGAGCGCCGAGCUUUAAACAGCUAGCUUAAAAAAAAAAAAAAAACACACACAGCGUGGACACUUGGACUUAAGGCUUUACUGGGGGGGUGAGACGCUCCACUAUCAGUGGCGCAGGUCAGGAAAGGAGAAAUAGUCUCAGCAAGCCAAUGAGAUCCCAUUAAUGCCUUUGUUGAGAAAGUACGAUGAAUGCAUCUUUUAGUGCAUGCAGUCCUCUCUAACCUUCCGUCGAUGACAGUUAGGCCUUUUCGAAACUGCUUUAUCCCGGUCUGUGCACAAUUUCUGGCUCUCUUUUAUGCAAACUUGACUCCUGUCUGGAGUCGAGGAAAGUGUCUUUGUUCAUAUUGUGCUGCGAAUCAAUUCAGUUUGGGCUGAGAGUGAAAGCAUUGUGAACAUAAUUGCUGAUCCCUUUCAUCUCUGCUGUAUUUAAAAGAAUAACUUUUUUUGUGCCCCCCCCCCCCGCGCGCUCUCUGUUAAAAAUCAUUGCUCAGCCACGUUCACUGCCGAGUAGUAUUGUGCAGCUUUUUAGUUGUAUCAGUUUGUUCUUUUUAGUUUAUUCAAGAUUCUAGUCAGGCUAUGAAAUCAUGCAUAAAUUAAAAUGAGUGAUAUUAUUAAACAAAAGUACCUAAAGUGACAUUUACAAAAGGGAAAUAUGCCUGCUGGUUACCUCUGUGCAUGACCUCUUGGCUGGGUUCAUGGUUCUGCCCGGCCAAAUGCUGCUUAAUGUCAUUUAUUUCCUUAUUAUUAAAGAAAAGUUUCUCUCAUUUUUAACCCCCUCCCAGUCCGGGCAAAACAAAACCCGCGUGGGUUUUUCCUCAUCAGACAUUAAUGACAUCUACUAAUUAAGCAAUACACCCGGAUUAGCUCCCUUCUUGCGGUGAACUUGCUUUUCUCGUGCUUCUGAGUUGUUUUGUAAUGGCAUUAACAGUAUUACUGUGCUCUUUUCUCCAUACUCUAGGAAAGCCUGUCUUUACUUAAGAAUUGAAAAUUGUGCCUUUUAUUUUCUUAAUACCAUUUACAUGUGUUAAUAUUUCCCAUGGUUAACACCUGUGCUGGUAUCGACCCUUUAUGUACAGAACAAGUAAAUAAAAUUUACGUCUACUUCUUUAA